AAGAAAGCACGAAAGUCAGAAAUAUUUGGUUCUCACUAAUGUAUUGAAUUUAGUGCCGAGUGCUUGUCCGCACAACGGUUACGCGUAAAUUUUUUCGAAAGUCUUUGAAAUUUGAGUUGAUAAAUGGUGUAAAAAAUUCAAAUAAAAUUCCAAUUGAGAAGAAAGUGCAAAUAAAAAUGAAAAGUUAUGAAAAAUGUGUUUCACCGAAAAAUUUGCAUAGCAAAUUGCUGUUAAAUUGAUAGUCAAAUUGGUGAAUGAGUAGUGAGUGAAUUUAUAUGAAUGCGAAUGGGAAGUGAAAUAGUGGAAAGAGAAGAAAAAUAUUAAUAAGAAGAAGCAUAUUGUAGCAACAAAUAUAAGUGUGAGAUUACGAAGAGAAGAAAUUUAUAUUCAUUUGCGAAAGUGAAUGAAAUUAUAUUCGAGCUAAUUAAACAUGUCAAAAGUGUGAAAAUUUAUUCAAAUUAGUGCAGCAACAAAAUACCAAUGCAUAAUGAAAUAAUAAAUAAUUCCAAUAGGUGACAAAAAAGAUUGCGCAAAUGUGUGGUACAAAAAUAUUGCUAUCAAAAAAUGAAAUGCACAUAUUGAGGUCAUACAUAGCAGAAAGGUGUUGAAAUCGAAGUGUGCGCUAAAGGGGAAAGUAUUUUCGUGCGUGUAUGUAUAUGUAUGUAUCUCUGCAAUAGCAACAGCGCAUGUAUCGCUUGUUGGCUGGCAUUGGAAAAAAAUAAAAACAUAAACAGCUGCUGCGCUGGUCAUUAGAGCAGAACACUUGCAAAAGCCCAUAGGACUCACACCCCUUCUUAUUGAAUCGUCCUUGUGCAAGCAUAAUUAAGUACGUAAGUGCUCCCCGUCGUGGACAGGUGUACGUACAACAAUAUUAAUCAUUCAAUUGUGCGAUAACAGGCGUACAUAAUUAAUGAUUUCCAAUUAAAAAUACCAAAACAAAUGAGAGUGAAAUAGUGAAAAUUUAAUGAAUACAAAAAGUGUCAGAUAUUGAAAGUUUCUUAAAAAUUUCAUAUCAGCAAUACAUACAACAAUUAAUAUUUGUCGGCCGCUGAUAUUCUCAAAUUGUCAGUGGAUACGUCCUUCAGCUUGAUUAGUAGAUGUGCAUAAAUAAAUAAUAAAAACUAAAUAAAUUGUCUAAGUGUAUUCACUACAAGUAUUACGGUAACUUGUGUAUACAAUUAAAGCAGGAAAAUAGCGAAAACGAAAACGCGAAAAUAAUUCAUUCCAACAUACAAAAAUACACAACAAAACAAUUGGAAGUGAGGUGCAUCUGUGAGCUUAUGUCAGAGUGACUGCAGCUCUAAAGUCAAAAGCGUAAAAGCGUGAAAAUCCAAAGAGCAUAGCCGUAGCGCGAAGCGCACAGUGUGAGAAGCAGUAGCCAGCAGUCACCACAGCCGCAACAUUUUUUAGGUGUAUGUGCUCCACUCACCUACUUUCGCGCGUGUUGUUGCUUUUGUCAGUAGUGGCAGCAGUAGUAGUAGUGCGUCCCCCAGCGCUCAACACUAAAUUGCUGCUAUCAACCCACUAGCUCACAACAACAACACAGCAACGUUGUUGUCGCGUGUUUCGUGGCUCUCCUUUUUGCCAUCGUCAUAUUCAUGAGUUCGGGCUCUCGCGUUACGUAUCGUUAACUCUCGCCUCUAUCGGUAUAUCGUCUUCUUCUCGGUGGCAGUGUAAACCAACAGAAAAAAUAUUUAAUUAAAUCAAAUAAAGUGAAGCUAAAUCGCUUGUGCUAGUCAACAUCGUUUUUCAUUGUAAAUAAUAAAUAAAUGGCCUGAGCAAUUAACACCACAGGCAUUCAGUUGAUUGAAAUUAAUCAUAAACGGUGCCAAUUCAUUAAAAUAUUCAAAUUAUCGCUUGCCUCGUACGCUGAAGCAAGGUGUGUGUGUUUGUGUAAAAAGUGCGAGAAAUAUUGUCGUCUUUUAAUGCUCUGCAAGCUAAAAAUUUUUUAUUGAUCGCCGUUGACAAAGAUGUCCGUCUGUAUGUGUAUUUAUUGUGUUAGUGCGUUCAUUUGCUAAAAUCGUGUAAAUCUUCACUGCUCGCUAAUUGUUAUCGUUGUAGCUGCAUCAACACCCAGCAGCAGUUCAUUUGCGAUGCCAUUGUUUUUGGAAUAUGAAGCGUUUGACUUUUGAUGCAAAACAAUUAUUGCAUAAACAGAAAACAUUGUGUGUGUAAUUCUUAUUGAAGUGUAAUUUGUGCAUUUAGAAUGGCUGCCGCUAGUGCCGGCCAACAAUUGCACCAGCAGCAGCAACAACAACACCAACAGCUGAAUCAUCCACAUCAACAACAACAGCAGCAGCAAGAUCUAAAUGCAAUUGGAUUGCGACAAUCAUUUCAGCAAUCAAUGAAACAACAACAACAGCAGCAGCAGCAGCAACAGCAUGCCCUGACAUUGCAACAACAGACACAGGUGCUGCAGCUGCCACAGCAGCAGCAUCAUCAACAACAAAUGCAACAACAUAUACAGUUGCAAUUGCAACAUUUAAAUAAUGGACAACAGCAAAUGCUGCAACAGCAACAGCAGCAGCUACAAUUGCAACAGCAUGCACAUCAGCAGCAGCAACAACAAUUGCGUGCCACAAAAUUUACAACGCGUGUCGCUUCCAAUUCACCGCUGUUCGCGCAACAACAACUGCAGGAACAACAACUGCAACAGCAGCAGCAGCACCAACAACAACAAUUACAGCUGCAGCGCCAACAGCCACAGCAACAACACACGCUCACGCAAAAUAUACCAACCGGCUUGGUGAACGGUGGUGGCAAUGUAUUUGCUGCAAGCAAUGGUGCAACACGCAGCCAAUCAAUGAAUAUUUAUCAGCAAUCACAACAAAAUAACAUAGCAAUGCAGCAGCAGCAGCAGCAGCAGCAACAGCAACUACGACUGCAGCAAAAUCAACAACAACAACAGCACCCGCUAAAAGUGAAUAAUAAUGUUGUGGCAGCGCCACCUACUAUUGCCUCACGUCAACAUAUUACCAUAACCAAUAAUGCCCCUACCACCCAAAAUGUGAGUGUUGCUGCUGCAUCAGCUGUUACUACGGCAACAACAACAAACUCCACCGUAGGGCAGCCAAGUGCUGCCAGCGUUACUAAUGCUAACUUGGCACCGGGUUGGCGUCGUCAGGCCAAUAAUGAUGAAAUCAUCUACAUAAGCCCAACCGGUGCAACGUUGCGUACACAGUACGAAAUAAAGGAUUAUUUAUUGUCACCGGGUACCUGUAAGUGUGGUCUACCAUGUCCAUUGCGGCCGGAGUAUUUCUUCGAUUUCAAUGCUCAGGUUCCUAAUAUGCCACUGAAAAUGCCAACGCACGACGAAAAAGGCUGCAUCACCACCACCGCCACAAAUACGAAUGCCAACACACCCGCCUCCACAACGACGAACUCAUUUCGUACGACGCCAACAUCUGUUGCUACAAGCUCAGCGCUGGCGUCGUCCCUCUCGCCGUUCUCAUCCUCAUCCACGUCCUCGCAGUCCUCACAGUCGUCGUCGUUGUCGUCUGCAUCGUCAGCGUUGGGGUCGUUGUCAUCAUCCUUGGCAUGUUUGCAUCAGCAACGUUUUCUCGAAUCGCGGCAAUUACAUGCACAACCGUUGGAUGUGUCCUCCGCGGCGCAAACAAAAGACAUUAAACGUGGCAAGUUGGCCUACAAUGCCACCGCAGCGUCAUCUGCAAUGCCCACAGCUACUAAUAUUAGCUUAAGUCCAACAAAAGUAGGCAACACAAAUGUACAACAACAAGCUAGUCAAAACCCUAAUAAAAUGAUGCCGCCUGCACAGGUGCAUUAUCAGGUGCAUCAACAGCAACAACAACAACAGCAAAAUGUGAUAAAGAAUGUGACAAACAAUGCAGACAUCAAAAUAAAACAACAGCAGGAACAACAACCGCCCAAUUCACUUAACGCAGACAGCAAAAUGUGGCGCAAAGAUGCUGAACGUGUGCCACCAUUGCCGCAAGCUGCUACAACAACAACAAAUGCAAUAACCACAAUCGCUGGCGAAGAAAACAAUGUGGCAACGCCCACUUGGACGACAGCAAGCGGGGGCAGUGGAAUGAGCCAUCAACAGAACACAAGUCGCUACAUAAAACGCGCACCCUCCUCGCCAGUGAAGAAGCAGCAGCCGAAUUUUAAAGAUGAUCCCACAGGAUAUCUGCAGCAACAGACAGCGUUGCUGCACAGCUCAAUGAUGAAUGUUGCCAUGGACGAAGAUGACGAUGAAGACGAGGAAGAAGACGACGAGCUCGAGGCCGAUGCAUGUGCUGAGGAUGACGCAGAAAUGGCAGAUGAUGGGGAUGAUCCAGACGAUACUGAUGACUAUGAAAGUGUGUCUGAGGAAGAUAAGCAGAUUAAGAUGAGGCAUGUGCCAGGCGGCAACAACAACACUACUAACGGUAACGUCAAUAUAACAAUGCAACAGAAAGUGCAGCAUGUGACGCAAGAAACGACAGGCACUUCAGUUGGUGAUAAGAAACCACAAGGCACUUACGCCAAGAAAGUUUAUGUGCAGAAUGGUGUGACACACUAUCAGACGCAGAUACAGCAACAUCAACAGCAGCAGCAACAACUGGAGACCACGUUUUAUCGACCACAACAGCAGCAGCAACAACGCAAGCCGCAGCAAAUUGGCGCUCAUCCACAGCAAAUCAUUGUCACUUCUAAUCAAGUGCAUGUGCAGCAGCAACAGCACCAGCAACAGCAGCAGGCGCAACUACAACUACAACAGCAACAGCAAAACCAUCAACUAAAACAAAUGAAUGUGGUUUCAAUCAACGGUCAGUUGAUGGUGCCAACUUCAAUGGCCGCAGACGGUGGCACAAACUUCACGCUGACUUUGAAGCCACAACAACAGUUGCAGUUGCAACAGCACCAACAACAACCACAACAAAUACAACUCAUGCAGCAGCAAAACGUUGUUUUUAGGCAACAACAAACACAACCACAACAGCAUUCGCAGAAACCGAAUCUGGUGCCAACCGCGCAAGAAUCUCCGGUCUCCUCAAGCACCGCCUUUGCGCGUUCCACACCCGAAACGCAGCGGCAUACGCCAAGACCCGAGCAAGUCGGUGCCAUAUCAACAAGCAAUGAGAGUCCAUUGCCAUGCCCAUCUCCAGCCGAUUCGGUGGAGUCAGGCAGCUCACGCGCCUCUUCUUCCAAAAUGACGGCAUCACCAUCGCCAAUGCAACAGCAGCAACAACAAAAACAGUUGCAACAGCAACAUCACACGUCGCAAGCCAACUCCAAUCAGGUGGUACAAAUGCGCGUACAACAACAACAACCGUCACAACAGCAACACACCCAACAGAUACGCAUCAUACGCCAGGCACCACAACAACAGCACCAGCAACAACAACCGCAACGCAUAGCGCUUGCGCGCAAUACGCUCACUUCUAUAGCUGCUAGCCGCACCAUUACACCAACAACCGCCACUACAACGACAGCCGCUGCAUCAACAGCUGUCACGGUGACCGCUAGUCAGCAGCAUUUAGAGACGCUUGCACCGCCACCACAACCGCAAAAGUUGCAAGCCACUGUGCAGAAAGCCAACAACACAAUUCCACUACAGCUGCCCACAAGUCAAAUCAUAAUGACCUCUACGGGACAGUUGAUUGUUAUGCCGACUAAUGGUAAGCCCACGGCGCAAUUGCAACAGCAACAAGCACAAGGCCAACAACAACUACUGAUCACCACAACGGCUAAUGGCAAUGGCACCGGCAAUGGAGCUGGGCAAACGACAACCGGCAACGUUAUCAUCCAACAUCAGCACCACCCACAGAAUCAACUGGAAGUGCUGGGCGGUCACCAGCAACUGACCACCGCGAAUGGUAGCAUCAUACUGCAAAAUGGACAGCAGCACCAGCAUCAAGGUGGCUACAUUGUAGGUCAGGCAUCCACAGCGGGUGCCACCACGACCACUGCGCAACUGCAACCGGCUACAGUUAUAUUAAAUUCAUCUGGUCAGAAUAUACUGACCACAAGCAAUGGCACUAAGGUGGCGCUGGCGACAACUGCCAAUACUGGCAAUAUUAUACACGCUGGCGGUCAGCAACUAAUUGCUGGCAAUCAACUGUUGACCACCACACAGAACGGUGCUACGGCCACCACGGGGCUGCUGCACGGACAGCAAGCGGUCGUAUUGAAUACGCUUCCGAACGGCGGCUAUGUUAUACAACAACAGCAACAGCCUGCUGCUCAGCAGCAAUUUGCCACGUUGGAUGGUCAGGUGGUAAGUCAGAUUGUGCAACAGGCUGAUGGCACCACCGCCUAUGUACAACAAACACAGCAGAGUCCACAGCACACGCAACAACAAGCGCAGGCACAACGCAUUAUUAUCACGUCGCCGGAUGUGAAGAGACGUGCGAAAAAGCGUAAGAACUCCACUGGCAGUGUCUCGCCAACCAACACGCCCACCACGAGUCUUUCACCACAAAUUUCGCCAACUAUACCCAACCAAACGGCCAUAAUACAGCAACAAGCAGCUGCCGCCGCCGCCGCUGCAGCCGUUGCCGUUCAGCAACAGCAGCCAGCACCACCACCUCCGCCACAGCCGCAAGUUGUGCAAAUCGCUUCGGCUGCACCACAAUAUCAGCAACAAUUCCAACUUAGCCCCGGCAUACAGGGCAUUGUGGUCAAUAAGCCGGCUACCGCAACAGCGACACAACCACAACAAAUCAUCUUACAGAAUGGACAAAUCAUACAGCCAAUGAAUCUCAUUGGGCAGCAAUUAAUUGUGCCCACCGGUCUGGUGAUGGCACCCGACACCACAUUGCUGCAAAUACAGAAUGUGGGCGCUUGCGGGCCGAGCAUACUGACGACCACACCACAGGGCACAACAAUGAUGUUGCGCACACCCUCACCCCAAAAUAAACAGUUCAUUUCGCCCACGGCCACCGGACAGCAAUUUAUUGUCGGCAGCAAUGGGCAAUUGAGUCCGAUCGGACAAAUUUAUUCGACACCAAUGGGUUUGGUAAUGCCAACGGCACAACAGCAAGCCGGCACAGCCACGUACGUGCAGCAGAAUGCGACCAUACAAGUGCAGCAGCAUCCACAAGCACAACAGCAUCAGCAACAGCAGUCACAGCCGCAGGUGCAAGUACAGCAGCACGUGUCAGCACAACAACAGCAGCAACACCAUCAUCAUGUCGCCAUUCAACCGGCCACUGCCGCAAUGCAGCAGCAGCAGCAGCAGCAGCAGCAGCAACAGCAGCAGCAGCAACAGCAACAACAACACACAAAUCAACAACAACAUGUAAGCAUGUUGAGCUCUGAGCAAAUCGUUAUGGAAUCAGCAACGUCGUCUUCGUCAGCCACCACAUCAUCGUUAAAUUCAUCAAUCCGCGGUGGUCAGCGUUCAGCAGCAGCCAGUCCACCGGACACCACCACCCAUAGUCCACGCAGCCCAGAGCGUCCACCCAGUCAUCGUAGUGGUGGCAGUGAUAUGGUACAAUGUGUUUCCAGCUCGGAACCGGAUGGUGCCGCUUCGCCACAGAGUGCUGACAGUCGCCAGUCUCCAUCGACCACGGACACUGAAAAAGGACUUGUUAUGUCAAGCGCAUAUCAAACCACAAAUAUAUACAAGCCGUCAGAGGCGAAGAUACGACGCGUACAAACACCGCCGCAGAGUGUGGGUGGCGGCGCUGGAGGCGGAAUUAUGAAUGCCGCUGGUGGAGGCGGAGUUGGAGCUGCUGGAAUGGGCUUCACCAUCACCUCAUCCGCGACAUCUACAGCUUUGGCCAAUACACUACAGCUACAACAACAACAACGACAGCAGCAGCAACAUCAUCAACAGCAACAGCAGCAGUUGCAACAACAUCAUUCGCUUCAACAGAAUAUUGUAAUGAAGCCAGAUUCACACGAGUCACCAAGAAACUCGCCAACAACCACGACCAAAACAACAACCACAUCACCGCCACCACCGACACCGUCAAUCACACAUACAACCAACAACCAAACAAACCGUAAAUCGCCACAAAAAUCGCCAAACAAAUUGCAACGCGCACGUGCCACACGCGCCGCACGCAGCACCGCCGCCAGCAAUAUCACAGAACUGGCUGACAGCACUGCAACACGCAUUACAGCAACACCAGCGGCAGCGACAACGCCAACUCCAACAACAGCAACACAAACAUUUGCAAUUGGCGAAUUGAUUUGGGGUCCAUCGCGCGGCUAUCCCGCCUGGCCGGGCAAAGUUGUCAAUGUGGAAACGGAUGAACAAUCGCAAACCGCUAAUGGUGAACCGGCAGUUUGGGUGCAAUGGUUUAGUGGUGGUGGUCGUAUCAUAACCGAACUUAUAGCGAUCACAUCGUUACACAGUCUCUCCGAUGGUCUGGAGGCGCAUCAUAAAGCGCAAAAGGAUACCAGAAAGAGCCGAAAAUUGAAUUCACAACUCGAGCGUGCCAUUCAAGAAGCAAUGACCGAAUUGGAUCGUAUUUCAGCUACUUCGACAACAACAACAUUUGUGAAUGCAACAGCCACAAGUAAGCAAUUGCAACAGGCAACCGCUUCAUCAACCACAAACAUAGCGCUCAACAACAACAUUAACAACAACAAUUCAAACAGUCCAAAUCGUAAUAAACGAUACAGCAAUGCAAUGCAACGUCUACACAAUAACAACAACAAUACCGCUGGCAGCGCUACCGCCACAGCCACCGGUGGUUAUGCAAUUGUGCCAACAUCUGGUGGACCCACACACGCCAUCUCCACCACCACCAGCGCGCAGAAUAGCUUCGGUGCACCGCCAACAACAGCAACAGCGCCACGCAGCAAACCAAUACGCAUAGCACCGGCACCGGCACCCGCCAACGGUUCACCCAACAAAACCACAACGGUGGCACUCAACCAAGCGCAGGCGCAAACGCAUGCGGCACAACAAGCCACCACACAACAGCUCUCGGCGCUGGGCAAAUGACACGGGGAGUCGUGCGCACAAGUCUCGUGGUCCAUGCAAACCUACACGCUGGUCAUACACAACAAAUAGCUAAUGGGCGCCGUCAAAGAAGCGGAGCAUUGAGUGGUGAAUGAUGAUUGCAGAGAGGUGCGGGCGUAUCGUUGAGCGCAUCAACGCAUACAAUGACAGUAGUGGAGGAGCACAUGUGGCUUGGUGUUGACUGUUGGUGAUUGCGGCGAGCGGCAGCUGACUACCGUUCGAACGAUCUUCAUAUGAGGCUGCAUUGAGGUGUGAAAGGAAUUGAGUAAUGCGUUAUGGCUAUGUGGCGUUUACACGUAUUCACGUUACGCAUAAAUGCGUAUAAAAAUAAACAUAAAUAAUAAAUAUAAAUUAAAAUAAAAUAUAUUUAUAUGUAUUUUAUAGAGAUACAAUAAGUAUAUGUAUUAUAUGUGUUAAUGCAUAUAAAUAUAUGUAUCUAAGUUUAUGCAUUCAAUGCAUACAUAUUUACAUUUACUGUGAAUAAGCAAAAGCAUGCAAACAGUUUUUAGUUACACAUACAUAUAUACACAAAAAAAUAGUUACAUAAGUGAAAUGUUAAUUUUCUUGAGUAAUUGUGCAACUCAUUUUUAAUUUUUCAAUUGUAACAACAACAGCUCCGAAACACUUCAUUGCAUAAUUAAUCAUGUUUCUUUUAUUAUAAGAGCUAAUAAUAUUGUGGAAAUACGCUUUUAUGAAUUUGUAAAGAUUUAGUUGUUGCAACAAAUUUCGUUAAAACUUCUUAUAGUUGUAUAUAGAACAACCGAUAAAUAGUUGUAUGUUUCUUUAAGAACAUAAAAAACACAAAUAUUUAAGUGUAUUUAAUCGAGAAAGUCUUGCUGUAAUAGUAUUUUAUGAAUUAUAACUGUACAAAUUGAAAGCAGCGGUAUAAAAAAUACUUUGUUCGUUAGUUAUUGACUUUAGUGUGUAAGAUGCAUAUAAAAUGUAAAAUUAAAACUUAUCUAUAAUAUAUUAUAACAUUAAAUAUCACAUUUUCUUUAAGCUUUCCAUUUAAGUAAAAAAAGUGCAACAAAUUGCAAAGAAACUGUUAACACAUUAUUGUUUUUGCUUUCAUAUUAUAUUUUGAACACUAAACAAGCUAAAGCAAACAAAAAUAAAUAUAUAUAUAUUUUUUUAAAACAAUGCUACAAGAGAAUUUCAUUAAAUGCUUAUGACAA